AUGAAAAUAGAGUUUAUUGGAAAAGCGGAGAGAUGUGAGGAAACCGCAAAGGAUUGGAUUUUCAUAAACUACCGGAAAAUAAAGAAAUCAAUAAUUCCCGCAUAUUUCAAUUUUCUCAACAAAGUGGCCGGUGUGAAAGUGGAAGAAAUCAUCACAAAGUACUUAUGGCAUCCUGAAGAGAUGUUCGCUCGAAACCUCCAUGACAUAAUUUACUCGGAUUUGAUUGGCGGGAAUCGCGAAAGUGUCCGCAGAUUGAUCGGGCUGGAAGACGUGUGUGAAGGAUGUAUGAAUUGUGCAAAUAUGGCAAGACGAUGUGUGGAGUAUGGACCAUUGAGAUUUCGAAUGUUGAAAAGGAUUAAGAAUUCAAUUCAUUACAGAAAACUGCAUAUUUCUGAUAAAUUACUCGAAAUUGUCGCCAAUGACUGUACACUGAAAUCGACUACAAAAGAGGAGUGUCUCAAGCAGUUAGAUAACAUUAUACGACCCUCUAUUUCAUGUGACACACUGGUUCUAUGGAUAUGCGAGUUGAGAGAAUACUACGUUGACGGAGUAAAGAUAAAUUCUCAUUUCGCGAUGCCACGGGAAGUAUUGGACGCUAUGAUAAGGAAAUGGAAUGUGAAAACAAUUCGAAUGAAUAUGAUUACAUGCACAGUUGAAAAAAUAUGCUGUGAGAAAUGGAUAGAUGAAGGUUACUUCGCGAAGAUCAAGCUAGAUGAUCCAUACUGGAAAACGGGUCAAUCCGGUGAUUUGAAACUCCAACAUGUUUCCGUCAGAUUAGCGAAUUCAUACGAUUGUGCUGGUGGCCUGAUGUACAGUAACCCAGAAACAGUUUACGAGAAGAGAUUCGAGAACUACAUUGCAAACCUCCGAAGACUAUUCCGAAUGGACAAAUUAUCUAUUGAUUUCAGUCACUGGAAACAUGAACACAGUUGUAGUUUGGAAGAGUUCAUGAGGAAUAUAUUGAGAGUCAUUCAAUUGGAGAAACAACGGAAACUCGAAGUGGAUAUUCAGUUUUUCACAGAGAUUCGCAGUUUUAAAGUGGGAAAUACUGAAGAGUUGGCUGAAAUUCCAGCAGAAUACUCGUUGCUCAGUGAUCGAGUGGAAUGUAUCCGUUUGUUUGUCCCAUUUGAAAUUGUCGAAAGUGGUCCAAAGAGAUUGAAUAUGAUUAAAUGGGUUGGGAGACGAUUUCAGGUGAAGGAUAUGGAUAAUCAUUUCAUACUCAACUUGAAUAUUUAUGUGAAGGAAACGGAAUUGAGGGAGUUGGAUAAGGGAUUGAUGGAGACACAUCCGAAUAGCUUGAUGGGAGUGUUCUUGCUUGUGGCAACAUAA